AUGGCAUUUAAAGCAAAAACCAGUUUCGUUGUCGUGAUCAACCUGCUAUUGCGAAUUGUGCUCUCGCGACUAGAUAGAAAUCCCGACAUUGAACUUAAAACUCCUGAUCUGGUGAAAAAAUAUGGAUAUCCUGUGGAAAUACACAAUGUUGUGACUGCCGAUGGAUACAUUUUAGAAGUUCAUCGAAUUCCUACUAAACCAAAUUUCAAGCUACACUCACAUGGAAUUCCUGUAGUGAUUCUACAUGGCCUUGCUGGUAGCUCGGCAGAUUGGGUCAUCAUGGGACCAGGAAACUCAUUGGCCAAUGGUCACUACUUUAUACGCAUGACGAGUAUACUCGUCAAUACACAAAAUCGUGCCACUUCUCCAAGACGAGUAUACUCGUCAAUCACAGUUAACUGGUUAAGGUCGGUUGUUUUUGUGGAUGGUCUGCAGUCCUGGCAGUUCUAUUACAAUAACUUCACUGCAGGAGAAUGCACAGGGAAUUGGGAUGCCCUUCCUGACAUUAGGGGGUAUCACAAUGAUUCCUUAGGCCUGUGGUGGAUUUCUAACAGCUCCAGCACAAUGCUUUCGAUGCAGAAUAUCUACAAGGAUAGCAGAUUUCCUGAUACAGGGUGGAGACACAAUGCUUUCUAA